GCUGCGUGGAUGGGUGUGCUCAUUAGGAGCCGCUGAACUGCAGUGUGUUUUAUUCUCUGUCCGCAUCAGCUGGUGUCUGACGGGAAUAAAGCGUCAGCUGGAAUAAAAAUACAUCAAUUCACCCCGAACAGCCCGUUUCUCUUCCUGCUGCUCCACCUGAACCGCGUCUUUAACACACCGACCGGAGGAUCAGCAAACAUGUUCUACACCUGUGGUCCCAACGAGGCGAUGGUGGUUUCAGGCUUCUGUCGCUCUCCUCCUCUGAUGAUCGCCGGAGGCCGAGUGUUCGUCGUUCCCUGCGUUCAGCAGAUCCAGAGGAUUUCCCUGAACACUCUGACCCUGAAUGUGAAGAGCGAUAAGGUCUACACCCGCCAUGGAGUUCCCAUCUCUGUCACUGGGAUCGCUCAGAUGAAGAUCCAGGGUCAGAAUAAACAGAUGCUGGCUGCAGCUUGCCAGAUGUUCAUGGGGAAGUCGGAGCCUGAGAUCGCUCAGAUCGCUUUGGAGACUCUGGAGGGACACCAGAGGGCCAUCAUCGCCCACCUGACUGUAGAGGAGAUCUACAAGGACCGCAAGAAGUUCUCAGAGCAGGUUUUCAAGGUGGCGUCCUCUGACCUGGUCAACAUGGGCAUCAGCGUGGUCAGCUACACGCUCAAAGACGUCCAUGACGACCAGGAUUAUCUACAUUCACUUGGAAAGGGUCGAACAGCGCAGGUGCAGAAAGACGCUCGCAUUGGAGAGGCACAGAACAAGAGAGACGCAGUGAUCAGGGAAGCUCAUGCAAUGCAGGUGAAAGUAUCAGCUCAGUACAAGAAUGAGAUUGACAUGGCAAAGGCCCAGAGGGACUACGAGCUGAAGAAGGCAGCCUAUGAUAUUGAAGUAAACACGAAGAAGGCUGAGUCAGAGAUGGCCUACCAGCUUCAGGUAGCAAAGACGAAGCAGCGCAUUGAGGAGGAGAAGAUGCAGGUCCAGGUGGUUGAGCGGACGCAGCAGAUCAUGCUGCAGGAGCAGGAGAUCACCCGCAGGGAGAAGGAGCUGGAGGCCAAGGUGAAGAAACCUGCGGAGGCUGAGCGCUACCGCUUGGAGAAACUGGCUGAGGCUCACCGUCUUAAGUUGAUCAUGGAGGCGGAGGCGGAAGCUGAGUCCAUAAGGGUUAAAGGUGAGGCUGAGGCGUUUGCAGUGGAGGCCAAAGGUCGCGCUGAAGCAGAGCAGAUGGCGAAGAAGGCUGAAGCUUUCCAGGAGUACAAGGACGGAGCCAUGGUGGACAUGCUGCUGGAGAAACUGCCUCUGAUGGCUGAAGAGAUCAGCAGGCCUCUGUGUAAAGCCCAGAAGAUUACCAUGGUGUCCAGCGGUGGUGGAGAGGUCGGUGCAUCCAAACUGUCUGGAGAGGUUCUGGACAUCAUGACCCGCCUGCCUGACACGGUGGAGAAACUGACCGGAGUCAACAUCUCUCAGGUGAAUUCUCGUACCGGCUGAAGAGAAUCAACCAAACCAGUGACCGGGCAGAUCUCCUCUCCUACUGUGUUAUCAGCUGCCUGGAUUCCCUGCAUGAGUCUCUCAUCACAGCUUAGUUUCUCUGCUCCUCUUCGCUGUUAAAGCAGUUUCUCCCAGCUGGUUUGUGAUGUGGCUGUGUUGUGAAACACUUUUUGUCUGUUUUCUGCUCAUUGACAACUAGUUCUAUCUGAGCAUUGUGUUACUGUGGCUGCAGUUACAUUUAUACUGACUUCAUGCUCAUUGGUACUAAAUCAUUUCAACAUGAAGCCUCCAAAUGACAGUACUUCCUAUUUAUUCUUUUUUUAUUUGUGGACUGUGAUGUGAUUUACACUCGCCUCACCAGGUUUUAAUGAGCACUGAAAGAAGCAACAAAUAUAACUGCAGUCACUUUUUGUCUGAGAUUUCUUUUUUCUAACCUGUUUUGUAUCAUUUUCACCCUUCUUUUCUCUUUGUCACAUGUUGUGUGUUUUUUGUCAAAAUAAUAAGAACAUUUUUAUCUGUCCUGUUUUGUCUCCUCCCGCUGUCUGUUUGCCUUUAAUGUCUCUUUCAUUCCUGCCUGUGUCCACUGCCUUGCUGCCAAACCUUAAGUGCAUCUUAGCAUGAAAGUCUAAUACAAACAUGCAUCCAGAACCUUCAUGCACUAAUGCUACUAACAUUACAUACUCUGAUAGACCAAAACCACAGCCUGCGGUUUUAGCCAUCAGUUCUUUUUCAUAAUUUAUUUCUGACUGAAUUCAUAUUUAAUCUAUGAAGGGUUUCAGAUAAUCAUUUUGUCCGUACAGACGUCUUUAAAGCUGUUAUUGAUGGUUACAGGUUAACAGCUAUUGAAAACUGUGGUACCAUCUGUACAUCUCUAUGACAUUGGUCUGUAUUCUAUAUUUUUGAAUCUGUGGUCUUUUUCAGUUUUAUAUAUGAUUUUUUGGAUUUUAGGAGUAGAAUUUCAUAAGGACACUUUGCUUAAGGCAUACCAGUACAUGCAUUAAAACGCUGUGUUUCUAAUAUGACUCUAUGUGAUGCAUGUUCACUAACCUUAACACAGCUUCACUACAGUCUUUACUAACUCCAUGUUCAUUACUGAGCACUCUGUAUCAUACACAAUUGUUAUCUGACUGAACUAUUUAUAUUUAUUUAUUGUCAGUGCACUGUGAUGGUCAUUUUACGUGCUGCUGCUCUUUCUAGUAGAUGCUUACAGUGGUGGUAACUCAGGAAAUUUAGCUCAAUUUACCGGCAUUGUACGUCUAGUACAAACUAAUCUGAAUAGAAUGCUCUUAAAUCACAAAUUCUGACGACAUGAACUAUAGUAUUAACCUCAAGGUUCAUGGUUACAAUUUUGUAUGCAGUGUGAAAAGUAGUUUCUUCAUAAUUUGAUGCUGUGCGUGAAUGCUGUUCUCCUUGUCAAUCCUCAACAUUGCGGUUUUAACGUAUAUCAGAUUUAGGCCUAAACAGAAGCUUGAACCUGCAUCUUCUGGUUCAGGUUUCCUUGAGACUUUACCACACUGCAGAUCGGUGUUAUUUUCAUGUAUACCUUAAGUAAAGUGGUGCCUUUUCUGUUUUUAAGGCCAGUUAUGUAGCAGCUCUCAUUAAGGUGUAGCUUGUGCAACUAGAUUUAAAUGUAUGGUAAAGUAUAGCUUUAGCCUUAUAUCGUAGCCAUGGGAAUAACUCAGUGUGUUUAUCAGGUGAAGUAUGUGUUGGUAUCAUACACGCUAGUAAAGCCUGAUGUGAAGAGAUGCAACACAGUCAAGUUGUUGAAUGACGUUAGCUUUAACUUCAGGGAAAGGCGUCUUUAAGAUCUUCCAGCCUGAAUCAGGAGUCAUGGAUUAAAGGUCAGAAAUAGAAAAAAGUGAGAAGUUGUCAUCUUUUCUUCAGUUUACUCUCCAUCUCUUUUGCUGUAAGUGUUGUUUUUUUUUACUUGUUCCCUCCUUUAUUUGUAAUUCAACAUAAAUAGCAAACAAUCUAAUGUAAGAACUCAGUGCAUCUGUCAUCCAGAAUGAAAUGCUGACAAAUGUUUAGGAGUUGGCUCUGCAGAAUUACUGUAGUUCCUAUGAAGUGUCCUGACCUGCCUUAUAUCAUAACACUGUCACGUUGUCACCCUCUGCUUCACCAUCACCUCUGAAGCUGGGGAUUUAAAACACUCUGUAAUGAAUCACAUAGUACUUAAACACUCAAUACUCUUACAAAAAUUAGAUGUUUUUUUUAAUGUGUAGAGAAUCAAUUGGAUAUCUGAUUUUGUUUGAUUGAGCUGUAUGAUGGCACUACAGUUCUGCUCAUAAGUUUACAUACCCUGGCAGAAUUUGUAAAAUGUACUCCAUUCUUCAAUGACAACAUGAAUGAUCAGAGCAAAUACAAUUGCAUGACAAUAAAUAGCUUUGUCUAAACACAGCCCUAAAUGAAAGAAAAUGUUUCCAUUAACAAACAUAUUUGCUAAAAAAUAAAGGAAAAUAUUUCACAAAUUUGGCCAGGGUAUGUAUACUUAUGAGCACAACUGUAAAUUUAACCGAAAAUCUUUCUUUCUUUCUUUCUUUCUUUCUUACUUACUUACUUACUUUCUCUCUUUCUUUCUCUUUCUGUCUUUUUGUCUUUCUUUCUUUCACCUCCAGUCCUGAACACAUCACUGUUUGUCUGAUUGUGACGUCUCUGCACUGUUAAUUACAGCCAAAUGUACUGUAAUGGCUCUCUGAGGGUGAAUUUCAACACUGCUGUUAUAUAUGCAUGCAUCCGUACCUGUCACAGUUAAACUGUAAUAUAAUAUUACAAAUGCAUACGUUCCCAGUCAGGACAUAGUGCGCAGCUUCUCUGUGAAGUUACCAAAAUAGUAGAUGACCUGUUGGUUAACUAUAGAAACAAAAAUGUGAUCAUUGUGUUUCUGAAGUGCAAUGAUGCUGAAGCGGCACUACAUAUGGACAUAGAUGUAUUUAUACAAUAUAUAUUUGAUAUUUGAUACAGUAUCAGUGUAGCAGUGUUUGCUUCACAAGUCACCAUUAACAAGUCUACUAAUUUACUAACAGCAGCUCCAGUGUUUCAUUACAAAUGUAAUAAAGCUGUAGUCAGUUUAUUAGAGUUCUCUGUGUUAUUUCAGCUCGUGCUGUAGUUUGUUGGUGAAGUUCUUCCAAAAUUACCUCUUCGUUGCAUUUUACCUCCCAUCUGUGCACUUCAGGAAAUUAGUUUUUCUGGAAAAUGUUAUUCUAUUAUCCUGUUCACAGUAUACUUGUCAUUAAAUUGCAAAAAAGUAAACCACUUAUGUCUUUACUGUUUCUGUAAACCGAAUGAUUACAAAUCUGCUCUGUGUCUUACUUUGAUUGUGUAUUAUAUUCUGUUUACACAUCUGAUUUGUGCAUGUUCUGUUUUGUUCCAAUUUUUAUUUCAUUUCUUCUUCACUGGGUUUGUGUUGCUUUUGAAUUGUGAUUGUUUUUAUAGGCGCCACAUAAAGAACAGCUCUUACAUGCAUAGUAGUGUUCUAAUAAACAUAGUUUUUCAGAAACA